AUGGACGUCGGCGCCCGCGUCCGCGUCUUCUGGGCGUCCGAGGACGCAUGGUUCGAGGGCGAGAUCACGGCCAUUGACGAUGGCAGCAUCCACGUUCUCUUUGACGACGGCGACGAAGGCGAGUACGAGCCUGGUGACCAGAUUGAGCUUCUGGCUUCGUGCGAUGCCGAUGACGAUACAAUGGACGACGAACGCGAUCUCGCAAGCAGCGAACUGGCGGCCGAGUCGGACAACGACGCUGCGUCCAACGACGACCUGAGCCGCCCCUCUUCCUCUCGACUACGCGAUGAUGCCAUCGAGAUGGACCUUCCGGAUGAUGACCUCGCUGUAGCUGCCAUUGCCAUGCUCUCAGCAACCGACGACGACGAUACGAGCGGAAACAACGACCCGACACCCAGCCUCGCAGCGAGCGAGGCGUACUCGUUUGCGGAUGACGACGAUGCGUCCGUUCCGGUCGCAGCGACAGAUGCGCUUCCGUCGCCACAUAGUCCAGUGCCACACCAGCUGCAGUGGUGGCGCGUCCGGUUCACAAAGGACGGGUGCACCGAGACCGGCGUUAUAAUCGACGUCUCCCUCCCGCUCUUGCACGUCGACCGAGAUUUGGCGCGGGGCAGUCUAGUGUACCUCGACGUCGACCUCGACACGAUCGAGUAUAUGGAGCGCACCAGCGUCUUUGCCUUCACAACAGUAGCGGCCCCCUCGGUGCUUGCGCGUCGAUGCGAGAGCCCGCCGUUGCUGUCGCGCAACCCGCUUGCCGGCUUGGAUAUGACGACGACGGACGUGCGCAAGAAGCUGCUGCAAUACGCCAGCUUGAUCGAGCACUGUCUGUGCGCCAAAGACGCAUGGCAGACUACGAUCGCACUGCACUUGGCCGAGCACCAACGACUUGCCACGUGCUUUCAAGACAUGCAGUCGCCGGACCGCGGGUUGCGCCUCGCUGCCGCGCGAUUUCUCUGUGCGUUGGCCCACGAGUCCCAGCGGAAUCAGUCCCUUUUGCUCCAGUACAACGGGCUCUCGGUGCUCUGUCUGCGUAUCUUUUCGAUCCCGAGCCAUUUCCAGCGCCACUAUGAAGCUCAGUGCCGCCUCCAGCGCGCCAGUCCGACCCAAGACGGGUUCCUCCACUACCUCACUGCCUUUGUGCGAGACCGCAUGCGGCCGCUCCUCGCUCGCUUGCACUCGUGCUACGACGCACCCGAACGGCGUCUUCCCAUGGUCUGGUUCAGCGCCCAUUGCCCAAAAUCAGCCGAGAACGACGAUGACGAUAUCGACGCGAUCGGUGGCUUUGGUCAUGACGUCUCAACCGUCCCUGAUCCCGACACACACCUUAUUGGGUUUGUCCUUGGACGGGACCCUGCGUGUGUCCCCCCCACGGCCUUGACCAAGUCCGAGGUGGAUACGAUGGCCAAGCUGUUUGUCGUCUCCCCGCCCAACGCCAUAAGCGUGCUCCAAGAAGCGCAGAUGCUCCUCGGGACGCUGUCGCCGCCCGUGAACCGGUUCGUCGUACGCGACAAACUCGCCGCCUCGCCACUCGUGCAGCACCUUGUGGACGAUAUGGACAUGGGCGUCAUGGGCGUCGUCGCAGCUCUCGAUGACGUGGCGAUAGUCGGAUGGCGCGAUCUCUUUUCGUAUCUGAGCAUGCGCUUGCACCUCGACGCGCUCGGAGCCUUGUUUGACGCGGCGUGGGUCGCCGAGCUCGUCGGCGUGUUCCGCUCGCUCUUGCCCGACUUGAAUCCCUUGCUGCGGCCCACGACGUGGGUCUGGAACGUCGAGCUUAUCGACGCGAUCGAGCGGCACUCGGUCCUUGUGUCGGACUUCCGCAUCUGCGGCGCGCUAGAGAAGCUCCAUGGCGUCGCGCUGCGGCCACUGGGUUUUCUGUGCUUGCUCACAGCGCUGCGGCAGUGUCUCUUGCCGUCACCGACCUUUCAGCCGCGCAAAACGUUGAAACAAGCUACGGCGCACCGCGUCACGAGCCGCCUCACGUCGCAAACCACCGACGAGCGCGUCUCAUCGGCGAUUGCACGCGCAAAGGCGGCUGUAUGUAGCCUCCAAGCCACGCAGUCGCACCGCGCCCGCACCCACCCGCGCGCCACGUACCUCCGCCACGUCUCGAAUGUGGACACGAUUCAAACGUAUGUGACGCAGCAAGCGCACGCGCUCGAGUCGGAGCUGCGCGACUUUAUGCGCGCGCAGCGCGACCCGCCACCGUCUCCAUCGUCCUCGCCGCCAACGCAUGAUCCGAAUGCUAGUUUACAGCCCCAUCUGAACGCUGUGCUCAGCGCGCGUGGGCAGGACUUGGACGCGAUAGCAUCGGCACUACAUGUUGAGAAGAUGGAGCGGGCCGACGCCAAGCGCCGGACUGUCCAGCGGAAUAAAGUCAAGUUGCAGCGAGAGCAAGCCAAGAUCGCUGCAGCCAUGGCCGCCAAGGAAACCAAAGCACAAGCACUACGGGACGCGAUCGAAGCCAAGAAGCGACUGCAGCAACAGCAAGCGCACCGACGCCACGCAUUGCGACAAGCCCGCGUGGUCGCCCAGCUCCAGCGACAAGAGUCGUCUGGCGACAACAACAACAGCAAUACGGCACAUCCCAAGCGACCUGCAUCGGCGCGACCGCAACGCAGCGAGCCGCACCGACCAAAGGAGCCGACGCGACCACGGUCACCGCCGCCUCGCCUGUCGUCACCGACGCGCACGCCACGUCGCCCACGGUGUCAGUCGGCGCGGCUCAUCCGAGACCGGUCCACGGCCUUUGGCAACAUCAUGUCGGACCUCCAAAGCGCCGAGCUGGCGGCCAAGAAGGUGCACGCCAAGAAGCUAUGGCGUGCGAUGCGAGCAGACGAGAAAGCAGUCGUUGGAAAGUACGCGGGACCGCCACCGACGCAGCCAGCGACCGAGACGCACGAGACGCCUCGAUUUACGCGCAUGUCGUUCUUAUCGCCAACCAAAGCGGUGUCGACCACGCCGCUCGAGCUACCGCUGGCAAACGAAGCGACGUGCAAGAAGCUGGCGGGUGAACUCUUGCCACCCGAGGUGCGUCCGCCCGAGAUCCACGACGCUGCGACACCAAGCUAUGUCGUGCUCGCCAAGUACAAGCGGACGCUGAGCGACACGCAGCGCGAGCUCUACAAAGGGUAGCACGGUUUGCGACGCCGACCUCCAAGCUCAACCACCGGCUCUCGUGCGCGGUGCAGGAGCAGUACGUGCACAUGACGCGGCGCAAAGAAGCGUGGGACGCCUUCAGUGCGCAGUCCCAUCUCUACUCGGACGAUCCAAAUCUGCUCAAGCGCACAGAGCUCGGCCACGUCAUUCGCAGUGUGGGUUUGCAGGUGGCACCGACCACUCUCGAAGCCAUUUGCCGCCGCCUCGACACCAAGCUCACGGGGUUUAUUGCGUGGCGCGACUUUUACGAGUGGUUUCAGGGCCAAGACGAACAGCGCGCGACCUCCCGCAGCCUCCGCACGUAGCACAUCUCUCUCGCAGCAACGCUUGUACCAUUUCUUGGCCCAUUAAUGACACCCACCAUGCGUCGUAGCAAGACUAGCAUGUAUAGUCAACGAGGUCAUUCGAGACACC